UAUUUUCUCGACGGCUUUUUUGUUUUGAUUUCUGUAAGUUGUUCUAGCUAGUCAAAGACUGAAUCUUUUCUUGUUUUGUGUGUGUGUGUGAUUGAUUUGUACCUGGGUGUUUGCUCAAAUUUGAUUCUUUGAUUACAUUUUCAGUUUCUUUUUGUCUGUUCAUUUUGUACUGCAAAUCCCAAGAGAAGCUUUUUAUUUAGCAUUGUUCCGAUGAUCACUAGGGUACCGUAGGCGUAAAUGCUUGAUUUUGUCUUUGUAUUUUUCUCAACGACCAAGCAAAGAGUAAAGUCAAUUGUUUUCAUAUAUUACUUUCUGGGACUAGUCCCCUUUGCCUUCUCCUGGGUUGUCUUCUUUUUUGUUGUGCUCUUUGGACACAGCCUAAAGCAAAAUAUUUAUAUUAGCUCUUUAUCUUUUUAAGGACCCAGAUUCAUUUGGGUACAACCACCAAAAAAAAAAGAAAAAAAAAGCCUGAGCUAGCAUAGCGUUUGAGGGUAUAAUCGUCCUAGAGUAAGUAAGUUCUGGAGUACAGUGGAAGGGAAGGGAAGAUAUUCAGGCACAGAGCACGCAUGGACUGGAAGAAAUGGUCUUUUAGUUAAUAAUAUAAAACAAUACAAUUAAUAAACAAAAAGGCAAAGAAACCAAAACGAAAAAAAAUUCUGAUAGCUUGGGCUAACACGUCACCUACCCCCAGGAGUGGAGCAACAAAUAAACGAAAUGAAAGAUUCUUUCUUUGUUUCUGCUUCAUCAAAAAGUCUGAACUUGUGGGGUCCAAUCAUAAAGCUCUGUCUCUCUCUCUAAACAAGUCGUCUAAAACUAAAAGCCUCAAGCAGAGAGCCAUUUGGCGUGUGUGCUUGCUUCUAUUCUAUGCUCCUGCAUUGGUUUGAUUUGAACUGUUGUGCAAAGAAUCAGGCUCCAUUAUCAAUCAACUAGGAGAAUAAUAUGCUCUUCAGCUCUCUCUCUCUCUCUCUCCCUCUCUCAUCAACUAUACAAUUCUUGUCGUACAAUACACGUUUGUGUUGUUAUGCUCCUUUUGGGCAGCAACUCAACUGGAAAAGGCAUCACAGUUAAUAUCUUGUGAUCACUUUCUUUGAGACGUUGAGAAUGUUUUCAUUCCAAAAAGCAAAACUGAACAAACCAACUACCUCAAGGAUAAUGUUUAUCAAUAAAUGGGUUUGAGUGUUUAUUACUUACAAACUUUGUGCAGAAGUUGCUUCUUUUGGGCAGGAAAUUGUGCACAGCACAAGUAUUGUGAUGAUAUAGUGUUAUUACUUAUAUAUAGAAUAGAAAGAUGGGGUUGGGGAAAGGUAUGUGUUUUAAGUUACAUUUUUGGGCCGGACAGAAUCUAUGAUGGCUCACAAUCACAACCCUUAUUGCUAAUACUUGCUGAGAUUUGAGCCCAACAUUUCAAUGGAGAGCCUGAAUGGAGUAGAAAUGGAGAGCGGUUCUGCAAAACUCCAGUUUAAGUCAUGGCUCAGCCAAUUCCGCAAUGGCUCCAAUCCUUGGAUGGCCAGAUACGUCUACGGCUUUAUGUUCUUAAUAGCAAAUCUUCUGGCAUGGGCCGUCCGGGAUUAUGGAGGCAACGUGUUGACGGAGAUGGAAAGAUUAAAAGGAUGCCAUGGUGUGAAAGAUUGUUUGGGUGCACAAGGGGUUCUGCGUGUCAGCUUGGCAUGCUUUAUGUUUUAUUUCACAAUGUUUCUUUCGACGGCUGGUGCAUCAAAGUUGAAGGAGCCUAGAGAUUCAUGGCAAUCUGGAUGGUGGUCUGCCAAGAUUGUCCUCUGGGUUACUUUCAUUAUUAUUCCCUUUUUGCUUCCUGCUGCAAUCAUUCAGCUCUAUGGGGAGAUUGCGCAUUUUGGUGCCGGGUAUCAUUCUAUCCUUUUAUUAAUUCCUGUCUUUAUCAUGGUAUUUCUCCUGAUUCAGCUAAUAAGCAUAAUAAGUUUCAUUACAUGGCUGAACGAUUGUUGUCAGUCUUCCAAAUCAGAAAGAUGCCAAAUUCAUAUCAUGCUACUUGCAACUACCGCAUAUGUUUUAUGCUUAACGGGGAUCAUAUUGAUGUACAUAUGGUAUGCCCCAGAACCAUCUUGCCUCCUCAACAUUUUCUUCAUUACCUGGACAUUAGUACUUCUACAACUCAUGACCAGUGUCUCUCUCCACCCGAAAGUGAAUGCUGGAAUUUUGACUCCAGGGCUCAUGGGGCUCUAUAUAGUAUUCAUCUGCUGGUUUGCCAUUAGAAGUGAGCCAUCAGGGGAAAGUUGCAACAAGAAGGCAGAAGCUUCAAACAAAACAGAUUGGCUCACCAUCAUAAGCUUUGUCAUUGCCGUACUUGCGAUGGUUAUUGCAACAUUCUCAACGGGCAUAGAUUCUAAGUGCUUUCAGGAAAGACGAGACAGAAUCCGAGGAUGAUGUUCCAUAUGGUUAUGGCUUCUUCCAUUUCGUGUUUGCCACAGGAGCAAUGUACUUUGCAAUGCUGUUGAUUGGUUGGAAUACUCAUCAAUCCAU